ACAACUCUUCACCUUUGACCCCACGGGAAGACGCAGGAACGAAUUCGAAGCAGUCUGAAUCCAGGGUUACGCCAAGAGAAGUGAGCGGAAAACAUCACCAUAGUCUGCAGUAUUUUAGACAUGGAAACGACUGCACAUGCGUAUCCAACCGGAGUGGAUCAGAAUUGCUGUGAUGGGUCUCUCACUGGAGUUCCCCAGGUUGACUGCGCAAGCAAAAUAAGGAAUGCUAGAAACCGUAUGGAAGGACAUAACGCCAACUUCAAUAACGCUGGUGAUAAACCAUACAUGUGUGGGGAGUGCGGGUACCGGACAGUUAAAAAGGAUACCUUAUCCAGACAUAUGAGAAUCCAUACAGGAGAAAAGCCCUACAAGUGUGACCAGUGUGACUAUUCUGCUGCACGUAAAUCCAGUUUGAACAGACAUUUAGCAAAACACACAGGAGAGAAACCCUUCAUGUGUGGGGAAUGUGGGUACAGAACAGAUGACAAGACUAAAUUGUCGAAACACAUGAGAACCCAUACCGGUGAAAAGCCCUACAAGUGUGACCGGUGUGGCUAUUCUGCAGCACAAAAAGCCAAUUUGGUUUCUCAUCAAGCAACACAUACCGGUGAGAAACCCUACAUGUGUGGGGAGUGUGGGUACAGGACAGCUCAAAGGUCUAACUUAUCCCGACAUAUGAGGACCCAUACGGAAGAGAAACCCUACAAGUGUGACCAGUGUGACUAUUCUGCUUCUCAGAAAGCCAACCUUGACUACCACAUAGCAACAAAGCACACUGGUGAGAAACCCUACAUGUGUGGGGAGUGUGGGUACAGGACGGCUAUGAGGUCUGACUUACCGAAACAUAUGAGAAUUCAUACAAAAGUAAAACCCUGCAAGUUGGACCAGUGUGGCAUUUCUACAGCAUGCAAACCCAGUUUGGACCAGCAUCUAGCAACUCACACCAGAGACAUAACCUACAAAUGUGGGGAGUGUGGGUUCAGGACAGGUAAACAGUCUGAAUUGUCCCGACAUAUGAGAAUACAUACAGGUGAGAAACCCCACAAGUGUGACUAUACUGCUGCAUGGAAAUCCCACCUUGACUCUCAUAUGGCAACGAAACACACCGGUGAGAACCCUACCUGUGUGGGGAGUGUGGAUACAGGACAUAUCAACGGUGUAAUUUAUCCAGACGUAUGAGAACCCACACGACUGAAUAACCCUACAGAGGUACAGGAGUCAUGUGUGUCACUACUCUGAUGAC